AUGCGGGGCAGUCCUGCCUUCUUCGCCAUAUUACUGGGCACGAUAUUCGGUGUCCUCGGCGCGUCCCUCAGCAAAGCGCUCAGGUACAAAGCGCCGGACGAGUGCAAGUGGGUCGCGACCGGCGACACCGAGGAUGACGUAUCCCUGGUCUGCCGUUUACGAACGAUCAACAGCGAGCUGGAGAACACGAAUUUCAGCGUGAUACAACCACAACAUACGGUUCGAUUGCGACUGGAAUGCAGCGACGCGUUGUUCUAUCAGAGCUCUUUGAGCGCUGGCAGCUUCAGACCGUUGGUCGAGCUACGGGAGCUGGUGAUCGAGUACUGUAAAAUCGGCAAUCUAUCGGACGAAGCGUUCAAAGGGCUGAAAGAGUUACGGAAUCUGACCGUGAGGACGCACAACACCGACUGGUCGGCGAUGGCGUUGGACGUGUCGGCAGGCGCGUUCACGGACGAGUUGCGGCAACUGGAGAAACUCGAUCUCGGGGAGAACAACAUGUGGAGCAUACCGGAGGGCGCGCUCUGCCCGUUGAUCAACCUCGAGAUCCUAAACCUGACGCGGAAUCGGCUACGGGAGGUGACGAGUUUUCGCUUCAACGGCGCCGCCAGAUGUCUGUCGAACCUGAAGGAACUGGAUCUGAGCAACAACAGCAUCGAAUCGUUACCGAGCGCCGCGUUCUCGGGCCUCACCAGGCUGCACAGUCUCGAUCUACGAUGCAACGCCAUCAGCUUCAUGGCGGAUCGCGCGUUCGAGGGCCUCUCAUCGUUGGCCAUCUUGAGGCUCGCCGACAAUCGACUCGCCAGCCUACCGCCCGAGCUCUUCAGCGACGCGAGGAAUAUACAGGAGAUUCAUCUGAGGAAUAAUACGUUGAAUGUGUUGCCACCCGGUUUGUUCAGUGAACUCACGCAGUUGUUGGUGCUCGAUCUCGCGCACAACGAGUUGACCGCCGAGUGGGUGAACGCGGCUACGUUCAGUGGUUUGGUACGUUUAGUGGUGCUCGAUCUAUCGAACAAUCGUAUCGCUCGUUUGGAUCCGACGGUGUUCCGCGACCUCUACAGCCUCCAGAUACUUCGGUUGCAGGAGAAUCAUCUCGAGAGCCUGCCGGAGAACACGUUCUCCGCGCUCUAUAAUCUCCACACGUUGCUGCUCAGCGAUAAUCUACUGACUGUUAUCGACGCGACCACGCUGAGCGGACUGUACGUGCUGAAUUUGCUCUCGUUGGACAACAACCGGCUGCACACGAUACACCCGGGCUCCCUGAGAAACGCCUCGUCCCUGCAAGAGUUCCACCUGAACCGUAACCAGCUGAAGUCCGUGCCUGACGCGCUGAAAGCCACUCCCCUUCUGCGAACCCUCGACCUCGGGGAGAAUCUCAUUUCGGAGAUACCGACCGGCACGUUCGACCACGUGGCGCAGCUUUACGGGCUUCGAUUAACCGAAAAUCAUAUCGGCAAUCUCACCAAGGGCGUAUUCGAUCGUAUCAAGGAGCUGAAGAUAUUAAAUCUCGCGAUGAACCGGAUACAGUACAUCGAACCCGGCACAUUCGACGAGAACCUGAAUCUCCAGGCGAUACGUCUCGAUGGGAAUCAAUUGACCGACAUAGCCGGUCUGUUCAUGAAUCUGCCGAAUCUGGUCUGGUUGAACGUCAGCGACAAUAAACUGAAGUGGUUCGACUACGCGAUGAUACCGAAAACGUUGCAGUGGCUCGACAUACAUUCGAACGAGAUACAGGAACUGGGCAACUACUUCGAGAUCGAGAGCCAGCUACAGUUGAGCACGUUCGACGCGAGCGAGAACAAGCUGACCGAGAUUACCGGUAACGCGAUACCGAUGAGCGUCGAACGGUUAUACUUGAACGACAAUCAGAUCUCGAAGGUACAGAGCUACUCGUUCUUCAAGAAACCGAACCUGACUCGUGUCGAUCUCAAGGGGAAUCAUAUACGUAACUUGGAACCGUACGCAUUAAGAAUCAGCGCUGUACCGCCCGAGAAACCGCUGCCGGAAUUUUACAUCGGUGACAACCAAUAUCUCUGCGACUGUACCAUGGAAUGGCUGCAACGAGUGAACAGACAGAACCAAACCAGGGUGCAACCACGUGUGAUGGAUCUGGAGAGUAUCUACUGCGAGCUACUAUACGAUCGGGAACACGCGUUCGUCCCAUUGGUCGAAGCCUCGCAUUCCCAAUUUCUCUGCAAAUACGAUACACAUUGCUUCACCCUAUGUCACUGUUGCGACUUCGACGCCUGCGACUGCGAAAUGACGUGCCCGUUAAACUGCACGUGUUACCACGAUCAAUCGUGGUCGGCGAACGUUGUCGAUUGCUCGAAGGGCGGUCACGUCAGCAAACUACCCGAACAGAUCCCGAUGGACGCGACCCGGCUCUAUUUGGACGGGAACGACCUGCGCGUCGUUUCCAGUCACGCGUUCAUCGGCCGCAAGAAGCUCAAGGUCUUGUUCCUUAAUUCCUCGAACAUCGACAUCGUGCAGAACCGAUCGUUCAACGGCCUCCGGGACUUGGAGGACCUUCACCUCCAGGACAACAGGAUACGCGAGCUAAGGGGACACGAGUUCGACGGUCUGGACGCGCUCAGGCAGCUCUACCUGCAACGUAACAAGAUCGUGUCGAUCGGUAACGACACGUUCGCGUCCCUGAGAUCGUUGCACGUCCUUCGGCUGGAGAACAAUCGUCUGACCACGCUGGCCGUGUGGACGUUACCGGCGUCCAUCGAGGUCAGCCUGUCCGGGAACCCGUGGUCGUGCGAGUGCGACUAUCUGCAGAGUUACCGCGAGUGGAUACAAGGACCUAACGUUCGUGUGACGGACGCGUCCACGUUGCGAUGCGUCUACAACGUGACGGAGUUCGAGGCGUUCGGUGACGAUGUGUUCGCGGACAACGAGUUCGGUUUCUCGGUGGCGUACGACAGUGAUCGCGAGAACAGCAACGACACCGCUGUGUGCUCGGGCUCGGCUAGCAUCGACAACGAAUUGCAUCGUAACUAUACGAAGACCAUCAUCGAGAAACAGGUCCUGCAGGAUUAUCUUCCGUUGUUGGUGGCCACUCUGGUCGGCUCGUUGCUCGUUGUGCUGCUGUGCAUGCUGGCGUUCGUGUUCCGUCAGGAGCUACGUGUGUGGUUCCAUUCGCGUUUCGGCGUCAGGAUAUUCUACCGUAACCACGAGGUGGACCGUGACGACAGGGACAAGCUCUUCGACGCGUUCGUCAGCUACAGCUCGAAGGACGAGGCGUUCGUCGCGGAGGAACUCGCGCCAGUCCUCGAGAUGGGGAAUCCAUCGUACAAGCUAUGCCUGCACUACAGGGACUUUCCAGUCGGUAGCUUCAUAGCCGACACUAUCGUGCAGGCGGUCGAGUCCUCCAGGCGAACGAUCAUGGUGCUCUCGGAGAACUUCAUCAAAUCCGAGUGGUGUCGUUUCGACUUCAAAUCGGCUCACCAUCAGGUGUUACGCGAUCGUAGACGCAGGCUGAUAUUGGUUCUGGUCGGCGAUGUACACCAGAGGGAUCUCGAUCCGGACAUACGGCUGUAUCUGAAGACCAACACGUACUUGCAAUGGGGCGACAAACUGUUCUGGGAGAAACUACGGUUCGCGUUGCCCGACGUGCCCAACAACCAGAGGACCACCACGCAGAGGACGAGGCAGCCGCCGCCGGUCCGACGGCAGCACAACAACAGGACGUCCAAUGGUUCGCGUACGGUCUCCGUGCACAUAUAA